AUGAAUAAUGAGCUGAGGCAAAACUAUGCCGAAAUGAAGUGGUCGACCGGACGGCCGUCUGGUUCGAGCCUUUUACCUCUUUCGCUCCGGCCAGGGGAUUUUUCUGGAAUGCUCCAAGUCACCUGGCUGCGUCGUCUCAGCGCCCAGCUCGUCUGGUCGACGCGGACCCAGCUGGCGGGACUCGGAGCCGGCACUAUUCAUGCGGCCACGCAAGCGAAUACAACCAACGCCGAGGCCGGUGAAGGCGGCUCGCCGGACGAGGAAGUUCCGAAGAAGGAGCGGCCGGUCGAGGCGAACCAAUCGGGAGCGCAGAUUGCCAGCGCCCCAUCGGGUUGGGACAACAGACUCAGGUUGGCUGCCAUGGGCUACCAAGUCUGUCUGAUCAGUGACGACGCUCGACCAGCCGAGCUCGGAGGCGACAUAAGAACUGGGAGGGAAGAGGAGGAGGAGAGUGGGGAGGAAGAGGAGGAGGCGGAUGGAGGAGAAGAGAGCAACGUGGGCGAAUUGAGCGUCUGGAGGCCUCGGAAACCGGGACCGACUGGCCAGUCUUUGUCG